AUGCUGGCUAACAAUAUGGUUUCGACUUUUAAGCUCUCCUCGCUGCGACAGCGAAGAUUACCAGACUCAACGAUGAAAGUCAACGCUUCACAACCACAAGACGAAGACUUGGAAUCGCUCAUUUGUGAGGGCGACUUUGGAGCAUGGUUUACAAUCGUGGGCUUAAUUUUUAUCUUUUUCAUAAUGCUAACCUGCCUUUUUGGUAAUUCCCUCGUGUGUGUGGCGGGCAUAAAAUUCUCUUAUUUACAAUCUUAUUCCGAGAAUUUUAUACUUAGCCUCGCGCUAUCUGACAUCAUGGUGGCGGUGACGGUUUUACCGUUCGACGCUGUGUACUGGAUAGCAUUUCCUCGAUGGCCUUUAGGGGGUAUAGCUUGCAAUUUAUGGAAUUCGCUCUUUUUUCUCUUCCUUACUGCUUCAGUGCUGAACCUCACGUCAAUAAGUAUAGAUCGAUUUUUAGCAGUCGUUUAUCCACUUCGCUACAAUGCCUGGAUGACGCCCACGCUCAACAAGUUUAUGAUCGCAAGUGUAUGGGUGUAUUCCUUUAUUAUCGCCGUGUUAAUCUUUUUCCUCUUGGAACAACCAGAGGAUGGAGUUUAUGGUUUUGAUUUACACCCAGUUUUUCAUGGCUUUCUCAUCAUUGGCAACGUUAUUUUUCCAUUCUGUGUCAUGAUCGGCUUGUACUAUAAGAUAUACCGAAUUGCUAAAGGGCACGCAAGACGCUCUUUGCUUGUUAUGUCAUCAACUGUAGACUCGUCGUCAUCGGCCGGUAAGGUCAGUGGAAGGAAGUUUGCGCGGGAAUUAAAGCUCGCAAAGACCCUUGGAAUUGUCGUAUUAUGCUUUGUGAUUUGCUGGUUGCCAUUUGAAAUAAUCAACAUCAUGAUACUCGUGGAUGAAGGAGUGGCCAAUUGCAAUGUGGAAAUAGCUGACACAGUAACUUGCUGGCUGGCAUACAUGCAUUGUUCUUUAAAUCCAGUUCUUUAUGCUUUGAGCAGUCCAGAAUACAGACGAGCUUUCAAGAAGCUGCUUUUAAUCAAAAUGCAAGGGUCUGCUGACGUUGAACCAGUAGGGCUUAACAGCCAAAGUAAUACAGCAGAAAACGGUGCGAAGAGUGCUUCAUAUCGAUCGGAUCAAAGCGCUACUGUGACUGACAACUAG